ACCCAAGUGAAUAGCACAUAACUGUAAAACAUUUAAUUAAACCCUAAACCCCAAUACACUCCCUCUGAUUUUCUUGUUUCUUGCUGUUCCCGUUGGAGUAAUAGGAGUUGGCCUCUGCAAUGUGGGUCAGAUUGAGGUCAAGGCUAUUCUUAUCUACAUCGUCGAUGUUGAUUCAACGCGACAUAACAAGAAUUCCGAUAUUUUCAAGUGACUACAUUUCUUCGUGCUCAACAUCGUCUACGAGGCCAUUUGUGUUUAAUUACGCAACUCAGAGUCUUAAAGAUGUGUGCCAGCUGUAUAGAUAUAUAAAGCCCCGAGAUUACCAUGAUGGCAGGCCGAGAGGUUCGCUUUGGAGGGGAAAGAAGUUGCUGGGUAAAGAAGCUCUGUCUGUUAUUUUGGGGUUAAAGAGAGUUAAAGAUGAUGAAGAGAAACUCGAUAAGUUUGUUAAAAUACACGUCUCGAGGCUCUUAAAGAUGGAUAUGGUUGCUGUUCUCAAUGAGCUUGAACGCCAAGAAGAAGUGCAUUUAGCCGUCAAGAUGUUUUGGGUGAUUCAAAAGCAAGACUGGUAUACCCCAGAUGUAUACUUGUACAAAGACCUGAUUAUUGCAUUAUCUAAAUCUAAAAAGAUGGAUGAGGCAAUGCAGUUGUGGGAAAGCAUGAAAAAGGAGAAUUUGUACCCUGAUUCUCAAACAUACACUGAAGUAAUUCGCGGGUUUUUGAGGUUUGGAUCUCCUGGCGAUGCUAUGAACAUCUACGAGGACAUGAAACAGUCUCCAGAUCCACCAGAUGAAUUGCCAUUUAGAGUUUUAUUGAAGGGGCUUCUGCCACAUCCCUUGUUGAGGAACAAAGUGAAGCAAGACUUUGAAGAGAUUUUCCCUGAUCAAAGUAUUUACGACCCACCGGAAGAGAUUUUUGGAUUGCGUUAAGGUGUUGUUUUUUAUUUGGAAAUUAUAUGAUACAUAUCAUUUGUCUAGAGAUAGUAUCCCGAGUCCCGACAGUUUCUGCUGUUUGCAACUUUUGGGCAUACUAUUUGAACCUUUAUUAGCCACUUUAGAAAAAUGUUUGUAAGUCUACAUUUCUCGGUAGGAAACGAGUCAAGGUCAAAAAAGUGUUUCAGGUCAACAGAAUCCGGACUUCAUAGUCGUGUCAGUGUUAAAUGUGUGCUUUGGAAA